UCUGACGUUUGCAGUGAACAAAGCACUCACACAAACUCGUCUCUGAGAAUCGGUCAAUUUCCCACCAGCUUGUAGAUACCUACAACGGCGACAAAGACAUUGAUGACACCUAAAGGAACAUGUAAUAACUCUUCCCCAGUGCAGUCACGAUUAUUUGGCUACUAACGUAAAAGCCGGAAUUUUCAGAAAACAAAAUCCGACAGAGUUUUAAUGCAAAACUCUGUCCUUCACACUUAGAAGCUUAUCUAUGAGAAAGUAUCGGCGAAAAAGGAAUGACGUAACCUUCGUGAAUCUUAAUGAACCUAUAAUUCUGAUAGCUCUUUACCCACAAAGCAAUGCCAGUUGGGAUGAUAAAGGGAACAGCUCGUAAAAAGUGUUUUCUUGCAAUUCAAACUGCGAUAUCAGGCCAUGAAUGAAACACAAGCUUCAAACUCAAGCCAUGAAGUUACUACUGACCAUCGCAAAGUUUCCUUGAUUGUGGCGAAUGUGUUCUUGGUUAUAAUAAUAAUUUUCGCCGUAUUUGGUAACAUUCUUGUUUGUCUGGCUUGUGUCUUGUCUAAACGGCUUCAAAGUUUCACUAGUGCCUUCAUAAUCAGUUUGGCGGUCACUGAUAUUUUAGUUGGCGCUAUAUCUAUGCCCGUUUGGCUUUCUGUUAACCUGACUGGCAAACCAGACGCCGUAAAGUUCCCUACAUUCUACACGGUUUGGCUGUGUUUUGACAUCAUCUGCGGAACGGCAUCUAUCAUGAAUCUUGUCUUUAUAAGUAUCGACCGCUUUCUAGCUGUCAAUCAUCCUCUUCGUUAUCCAACCAUAGUCACACGACUCCGAAUCACAAUCGGAAUAACUUUCAUAUGGAUUUAUUCUGUAACAAUUGCAGCUAUACAACCAAUCAAAUGGCCUAGCUACCCGUUAUUCGUUUCUCUGGCUUCUUUCUUCGUUCCUCUGUUGGGCAUGGUACUCGCUUAUUCUCGUAUAUUCCAAGUCGCCUUAAAACACAUUCGUAGCAUUCGUCGUGUGCACCCGAACCAAUCGAUACUUCGACGGCCAACAGCGGAAACAUUCCAUCGUGACAUCAAGGCUGCGCGAACACUCAGCAUUGUAAUUGGUGUUUUUAUUGUAUGCUGGUGCCCGUUUUUCGUGGCUAAUUUGAUCUUCAGGUACUGUAAGUUAUGCGAAGUUCCCAAUGAAGUUUAUUCCAUGAUUAAGUGGUUACACUACGGUAAUUCGGCUCUAAACCCGCUUAUAUACAGCUGUUUGAACGCAAACUUCAGGGCGGCCUUCAAAGAUGUGUUAAGGAGAAUCAGUCUGAAUAGAAGAAUGAUGCAGACUGAUAGCUUUACCAAAAGGAAUGUGACAACUACUACCAACAGCGGACAAGAUAUGCAUUACAGGCUUUCUUUACCAAGUGAACAGCUUCAUGGCGUUAACUGAUGAAGUUUACUGGCCUGCAGAGUAGCGAAGGCUCCCGAUAACAUAUUCACUGAAUGUGCGAUAAAACAGAAAACUUCUAGUGAUGAGCGUGUUUGAUAGACAGCAAAGAAGAUAGCGAAGAGGACGACAGAAACAUUCACCCUUCCUUUACUACAUUAACACAGCGUCAAGUGUCAGGCAUGCGCACGGGGAUCGAUUUUGUCUGGCCGGAAGCGCGCCAUUUUCUCGCGCAAAAUUUCAAAAGGAAAACGUAGGUCAAGCCGCCGUCAUGCAAAAUAUGCGAAAAAAAUUUAAACGUUAAUAUUACUCUAUAAACCCUAACUCUUAAGCUAAUGCAGGUCUGAGAAU